CUCCACUUUACAAUUCCCUUCUCCCUCGCUCUCUUUCUCUCCGAUCAGUUUGAAUCGUCAAUUCAUCACUCACUCAACAUUCCCCCCUUCUCUCUCUCUCUCCUCCUCUAUCGCCGGAAAACGCCGCCGAACUUCACCCUCAAGGCCUCAACCACCGCUGCCGCCAUAUCUCCCUCGCUUUCGAGCUUUAUCUCUUCCGCCUCUAUCUUUAAACCCUAACACUCUUAAACCCUAGCUCUCACACCUCCUGCCAAUUAUUUUUCGCGGUUAGAGGGUUUGUGUAAUACUAUUACCCGAAGAUGAGUUCAACACUGGGAAGAACUCCUAAAUCGGGAAGACAGUCAUUGUUUUUCAAUGAUUUAGCUACACCUGUUUCUUCUAGGAGGGGUAAAUUUUCAACUCCUGGUCAGGCAGCGGCAGUCUCUGCCCUAUGGCGUGAAAAUUUUGCAAGUUCUGAUCUUCCGCCUCCGCCAAUGUUUUCUUUAGAAGACCGGUCGGACUUCACCCCGGAAUCUGGAAUUAUGGACUAUCCAAUGUCUCCUGAACCUAGGUCGGAUCCUAGAACUCCUGUUCAGAGUUCUGGCCGAGAAUUCUCAACACCGCUUAAAAGUAAAUCUGAGGCUAGUACAUCAAUGGCUUUGACAGCAAAUCAGCAAAAUCAACAAGGGUCCCCAAGUAUGAAUUGGUGGUCUACUGGUAAAAGCACCAGUGACCAAGAAGAGAAAGGAAAGGGUUCCCCGGUUGAGGGAGUCGUUCAACCAGGUGCUUUGAUUACUGUUCCUGCACCCAGGGAAGUAGCGAGGCCUGAGAUGCAAAGGAGUAGUCCGCCAACUGGUAAUCUCAAUGAGGAAGAAUGGGUCACCGUUUAUGGGUUCUCUCCUGGUGACACCAAUUUAGUCUUACGGGAGUUUGAAAAGUGUGGUGUGGUGUUAAAACAUAUUCCAGGACCAAGAAAUGCUAAUUGGAUGCACAUUCUCUAUCAGAAUCGUGCUGAUGCCCGUAAAGCACUAAGCAAGAACGGCUCACAAAUUAACGGAGUCCUUAUUGUGGGAGUGAAGCUUGUUGAUCCAGUUCAGCGUCAAGCUCUCGAUGAAAGGGCCAACAACCAAGGAUUCAUGCCGUUACCCGCUUCAUCAUCUGGUAUGAAUUCUGAGCAAUUCCGGUCAAAUACGGGUCAUCAUCCUUACUAUCUUCAGAAUGGUACAAGUACAGCUAGGCAAUCUGGUGCAAUUGCUUCGCCAGCGAAAUCUGUCGUAUCUCGAGUCAUGGACUUAAUGUUUGGUGUCUAGAUCGUACACCCCCACAAAACUCAACACAGUUUCAAGCUCCUGUUUUCCGGAAACCUAUGGUGUAGUAUUAUUUUGUAUUACAGCAGUAUUUUGUUGAGAAGCAAUGUAUGUGCAACGAGGCAAAAUGUUGUAUUUUGUACCCUUUUUUUUAAAUCAUUCUUUUGGUUCUUGAAUUUGGAUUGAAAUCAAUCACAUUUUAGAUUGUUGGAAAGGGGAAUUGAAGAGGCUAUACAUCAUGUCAAAAUGAUGCCUAUCCAAUGUUUUACUCCGCAUGUUUAAUUUUUUUAGUGAAAAGCUCCAUUGAAGAUAUGGAAGCAACAUAGUA